AUGCUCGCCUGUACUCUGCCCUCAUGCUCGCCUCUACUCUGCCCUCAUGCUCGCCUCUAUUAUUUUCUCAUGCUCGCCUCUACUCUGCCCUCAUGCUCGCCUCUACUCUGCCCUCAUGCUCGCCUCUACUCUGCCCUCAUGCUCGCCUCUACUCUGCCUUCAUGCUCGCCUGUAUUAUUUUCUCAUGCUCGCCUCUACUCUGCCCUCAUGCUCGCCUCUACUCUGCCCUCAUGCUCGCCUCUACUCUGCCCUCAUGCUCGACUGUACUCUGCCCUCAUGCUCGCCUCUACUCUGCCCUCAUGCUCGCCUCUACUCUGCCCUAAUGCUCACCUCUACUCUGCCCUCAUGCUCGCCUCAACUCUGCCCUCAUGCUCGCCUGUAUUAUUUUCUCAUGCUCGCCUCUACUCUGCCCUCAUGCUCGCCUCUACUCUGCCCUCAUGCUCGCCUCUACUCUGCCCUCAUGCUCGCCUCUACUCUGCCCUCAUGCUCGCCUGUAUUAUUUUCUCAUGCUCGCCUCUACUCUGCCCUCAUGCUCGCCUCUACUCUGCCCUCAUGCUCGCCUGUACUCUGCCCUCAUGCUCGCCUCUACUCUGCCCUCAUGCUCGCCUCAACUCUGCCCUCAUGCUCGCUUGUAUUAUUUUCUCUUGCUCGCCUCUACUCUGCCCUCAUGCUCGCCUCUACUCUGCCCUCAUGCUCGCCUCUACUCUGCCCUCAUGCUCGCCUGUACUCUGCCCUCAUGCUCGCCUCUACUCUGCCCUCAUGCUCGCCUCUACUCUGCCCUCAUGCUCGACUGUACUCUGCCCUCAUGCUCGCCUCUACUCUGCCCUCAUGCUCGCCUCUACUCUGCCCUCAUGCUCACCUCUACUCUGCCCUCAUGCUCGCCUCUACUCUGCCCUCAUGCUCGCCUGUAUUAUUUUCUCAUGCUCGCCUCUACUCUGCCCUCAUGCUCGCCUCUACUCUGCCCUCAUGCUCGCCUCUACUCUGCCCUCAUGCUCGCCUGUAUUAUUUUCUCAUGCUCGCCUCUACUCUGCCCUCAUGCUCGCCUCUACUCUGCCCUCAUGCUCGCCUGUACUCUGCCCUCAUGCUCGCCUCUACUCUGCCCUCAUGCUCGCCUCUACUCUGCCCUCAUGCUCGCCUCUACUCUGCCCUCAUGCUCGUCUCUACUCUGCCCUCAUGCUCGUUUCUACUCUGCCCUCAUGCUCGCCUGUACUCUGCCCUCAUGCUCGCCUGUACUCUGCCCUCAUGCUCGCCUCUACUCUGCCCUCAUGCUCGCCUGUACUCUGCCCUCAUGCUCGUCUGUACUCUGCCCUCAUGCUCGCCUCUACUCUGCCCUCAUGCUCGCCUCUACUCUGCCCUCAUGCUCGCCUCUACUCUGCCCUCAUGCUCGCCUCUACUCUGCCCUCAUGCUCGCCUGUAUUAUUUUCUCAUGCUCGCCUGUACUCUGCCCUCAUGCUCGCCUCUACUCUGCCCUCAUGUUUGUCUCUACUCUGCCCUCAUGCUCGCCUCUACUCUGCCCUCAUGCUCGCCUGUACUCUGCCCUCAUGCUCGCCUCUACUCUGCCCUCAUGCUCGCCUCUACUCUGCCCUCAUGCUCGCCUGUACUCUGCCCUCAUGCUCGCCUCUACUCUGCCCUCAUGCUCGCCUGUACUCUGCCCUCAUGCUCGCCUCUACUCUGCCCUCAUGCUCGUCUCUACUCUGCCCUCAUGCUCGUCUCUACUCUGCCCUCAUGCUCGCCUGUACUCUGCCCUCAUGCUCGCCUGUACUCUGCCCUCAUGCUCGCCUCUACUCUGCCCUCAUGCACGCCUGUACUCUGCCCUCAUGCUCGCCUCUACUCUGCCCUCAUGCUCGCCUCUACUCUGCCCUCAUGCUCGCCUCUACUCUGCCCUCAUGCUCGCCUCUACUCUGCCCUCAUGCUCGCCUCUACUCUGCCCUCAUGCUCGCCUGUAUUAUUUUCUCAUGCUCGCCUGUACUCUGCCCUCAUGCUCGCCUCUACUCUGCCCUCAUGUUUGUCUCUACUCUGCCCUCAUGCUCGCCUCUACUCUGCCCUCAUGCUCGCCUGUACUCUGCCCUCAUGCUCGCCUCUACUCUGCCCUCAUGCUCGCCUCUACUCUGCCCUCAUGCUCGCCUGUACUCUGCCCUCAUGCUCGCCUCUACUCUGCCCUCAUGCUCGCCUGUACUCUGCCCUCAUGCUCGCCUCUACUCUGCCCUCAUGCUCGCCUGUACUCUGCCCUCAUGCUCGCCUCAACUCUGCCCUCAUGCUCGCCUCUACUCUGCCCUCAUGCUCGCUUGUAUUAUUUUCUCUUGCUCGCCUCUACUCUGCCCUCAUGCUCGCCUCUACUCUGCCCUCAUGCUCGCCUCUACUCUGCCCUCAUGCUCGCCUGUACUCUGCCCUCAUGCUCGCCUCUACUCUGCCCUCAUGCUCGCCUCUACUCUGCCCUCAUGCUCGACUGUACUCUGCCCUCAUGCUCGCCUCUACUCUGCCCUCAUGCUCGCCUCUACUCUGCCCUCAUGCUCACCUCUACUCUGCCCUCAUGCUCGCCUCUACUCUGCCCUCAUGCUCGCCUGUAUUAUUUUCUCAUGCUCGCCUCUACUCUGCCCUCAUGCUCGCCUCUACUCUGCCCUCAUGCUCGCCUCUACUCUGCCCUCAUGCUCGCCUCUACUCUGCCCUCAUGCUCGCCUCUACUCUGCCCUCAUGCUCGCCUGUACUCUGCCCUCAUGCUCGCCUCUACUCUGCCCUCAUGCUCGCCUGUACUCUGCCCUAAUGCUCGCCUCUACUCUGCCCUCAUGCUCGCCUGUACUCUGCCCUCAUGCUCGCUUCAACUCUGCCCUCAUGCUCGCCUCUACUCUGCCCUCAUGCUCGCUUGUAUUAUUUUCUCUUGCUCGCCUCUACUCUGCCCUCAUGCUCGCCUCUACUCUGCCCUCAUGCUCGCCUCUACUCUGCUCUCAUGCCCGCCUGUACUCUGCCCUCAUGCUCGCCUCUACUCUGCCCUCAUGCUCGCCUCUACUCUGCCCUCAUGCUCGCCUCUACUCUGCCCUCAUGCUCGCCUCUACUCUGCCCUCAUGCUCGCCUCUACUCUGCCCUCAUGCUCGCCUGUAUUAUUUUCUCAUGCUCGCCUGUACUCUGCCCUCAUGCUCGCCUCUACUCUGCCCUCAUGUUUGUCUCUACUCUGCCCUCAUGCUCGCCUCUACUCUGCCCUCAUGCUCGCCUGUACUCUGCCCUCAUGCUUGCCUCUACUCUGCCCUCAUGCUCGCCUCUACUCUGCCCUCAUGCUCGCCUGUACUCUGCCCUCAUGCUCGCCUCUACUCUGCCCUCAUGCUCGCCUGUACUCUGCCCUCAUGCUCGCCUCUACUCUGCCCUCAUGCUCGCCUGUACUCUGCCCUCAUGCUCGCCUCUACUCUGCCCUCAUGCUUGCCUCUACUCUGCCCUCAUGCUCGCCUGUACUCUGCCCUCAUGCUCGCCUCUGCUCUGCCCUCAUGCUCGCCUCUACUCUGCCCUCAUGCUCGCCUCUACUCUGCCCUCAUGCUCGCUUGUAAUAUUUUCUCAUGCUCGCCUCUACUCUGCCCUCAUGCUCGCCUCUACUCUGCCCUCAUGCUCGCCUCUACUCUGCCCUCAUGCUCGCCUCUACUCUGCCCUCAUGCUCGCCUCUACUCUGCCCUCAUGCUCGCCUGUACUCUACCCUCAUGCUCGCCUGUACUCUGCCCUCAUGCUCGCCUCUACUCUGCCCUCAUGCUCGCCUCUACUCUGCCCUCAUGCUCGCCUCUACUCUGCCCUCAUGCUCGCCUCUACUCUGCCCUCAUGCUCGCCUCUACUCUGCCCUCAUGCUCGCCUCAUGCUCGCCUCUACUCUGCCCUCAUGCUCGCGUGUACUCUGCCCUCAUGCUCGCCUCUACUCUGCCCUCAUGCUCGCCUGUACUCUACCCUCAUGCUCGCCUCUACUCUGCCCUCAUGCUCGCCUGUACUCUGCCCUCAUUCUCGCCUCUACUCUGCCCUCAUGCUCGCCUCUACUCUGCCCUCAUGCUCGCCUGUACUCUGCCCUCAUGCUCGCCUCUACUCUGCCCUCAUGCUCGCCUGUACUCUGCCCUCAUGCUCGCCUCUACUCUGCCCUCAUGCUCGCCUCUACUCUGCCCUCAUGCUCGCCUCUACUCUGCCCUCAUGCUCGCCUCUACUCUGCCCUCAUGCUCGCCUGUACUCUGCCCUCAUGCUCGCCUCUACUCUGCCCUCAUGCUCGCCUCUACUCUGCCCUCAUGCUCGCCUCUACUCUGCCCUCAUGCUCGCCUCUACUCUGCCCUCAUGCUCGCCUCUACUCUGCCCUCAUGCUCGCCUGUAUUAUUUUCUCAUGCUCGCCUGUACUCUGCCCUCAUGCUCGCCUCUACUCUGCCCUCAUGUUUGUCUCUACUCUGCCCUCAUGCUCGCCUCUACUCUGCCCUCAUGCUCGCCUGUACUCUGCCCUCAUGCUCGCCUCUACUCUGCCCUCAUGCUCGCCUCUACUCUGCCCUCAUGCUCGCCUGUACUCUGCCCUCAUGCUCGCCUCUACUCUGCCCUCAUGCUCGCCUGUACUCUGCCCUCAUGCUCGCCUCUACUCUGCCCUCAUGCUCGCCUCUACUCUGCCCUCAUGCUCGCCUGUACUCUGCCCUCAUGCUCGCCUCUACUCUGCCCUCAUGCUCGCCUCUACUCUGCCCUCAUGCUCGCCUGUACUCUGCCCUCAUGCUCGCCUCUACUCUGCCCUCAUGCUCGCCUCUACUCUGCCCUCAUGCUCGCCUGUACUCUGCCCUCAUGCUCGCCUCUACUCUGCCCUCAUGCUCGCCUCUACUCUGCCCUCAUGCUCGCCUGUACUCUGCCCUCAUGCUCGCCUCUACUCUGCCCUCAUGCUCGCCUCUACUCUGCCCUCAUGCUCGCCUCUACUCUGCCCUCAUGCUCGCUUGUAUUAUUUUCUCAUGCUCGCCUCUACUCUGCCCUCAUGCUCGCCUCUACUCUGCCCUCAUGCUCGCCUCUACUCUGCCCUCAUGCUCGCCUCUACUCUGCCCUCAUGCUCGCCUCUACUCUGCCCUCAUGCUCGCCUGUACUCUACCCUCAUGCUCGCCUGUACUCUGCCCUCAUGCUCGCCUCUACUCUGCCCUCAUGCUCGCCUCUACUCUGCCCUCAUGCUCGCCUCUACUCUGCCCUCAUGCUCGCCUCUACUCUGCCCUCAUGCUCGCCUCUACUCUGCCCUCAUGCUCGCCUCAUGCUCGCCUCUACUCUGCCCUCAUGCUCGCGUGUACUCUGCCCUCAUGCUCGCCUCUACUCUGCCCUCAUGCUCGCCUGUACUCUACCCUCAUGCUCGCCUCUACUCUGCCCUCAUGCUCGCCUGUACUCUGCCCUCAUGCUCGCCUCUACUCUGCCCUCAUGCUCGCCUCUACUCUGCCCUCAUGCUCGCCUGUACUCUGCCCUCAUGCUCGCCUCUACUCUGCCCUCAUGCUCGCCUCUACUCUGCCCUCAUGCUCGCCUCUACUCUGCCCUCAUGCUCGCCUGUACUCUGCCCUCAUGCUCGCCUCUACUCUGCCCUCAUGCUCGCCUCUACUCUGCCCUCAUGCUCGCCUGUACUCUGCCCUCAUGCUCGCCUCUACUCUGCCCUCAUGCUCGCCUCUACUCUGCCCUCAUGCUCGCCUCUACUCUGCCCUCAUGCUCGCUUGUAUUAUUUUCUCAUGCUCGCCUCUACUCUGCCCUCAUGCUCGCCUCUACUCUGCCCUCAUGCUCGCCUCUACUCUGCCCUCAUGCUCGCCUCUACUCUGCCCUCAUGCUCGCCUCUACUCUGCCCUCAUGCUCGCCUGUACUCUACCCUCAUGCUCGCCUGUACUCUGCCCUCAUGCUCGCCUCUACUCUGCCCUCAUGCUCGCCUCUACUCUGCCCUCAUGCUCGCCUCUACUCUGCCCUCAUGCUCGCCUCUACUCUGCCCUCAUGCUCGCCUCUACUCUGCCCUCAUGCUCGCCUCAUGCUCGCCUCUACUCUGCCCUCAUGCUCGCGUGUACUCUGCCCUCAUGCUCGCCUCUACUCUGCCCUCAUGCUCGCCUGUACUCUACCCUCAUGCUCGCCUCUACUCUGCCCUCAUGCUCGCCUCUACUCUGCCCUCAUGCUCGCCUGUACUCUGCCCUCAUGCUCGCCUCUACUCUGCCCUCAUGCUCGCCUCUACUCUGCCCUCAUGCUCGCCUGUACUCUGCCCUCAUGCUCGCCUCUACUCUGCCCUCAUGCUCGCCUCUACUCUGCCCUCAUGCUCGCUUGUAUUAUUUUCUCAUGCUCGCCUCUACUCUGCCCUCAUGCUCACCUCUCCUCUGCCCUCAUGCUCGCCUCUGCUCUGCCCUCAUGCUCGCCUGUACUCUGCCCUCAUGCUCGCCUCUACUCUGCCCUCAUGCUCGCCUCUACUCUGCCCUCAUGCUCGCCUGUACUCUGCCCUCAUGCUCGCCUCUACUCUGCCGUCAUGCUCGCCUCUACUCUGCCCUCAUGCUCGCCUGUACUCUGCCCUCAUGCUCGCCUGUACUCUGCCCUCAUCCUCGCCUCUACUCUGCCCUCAUGCUCGCCUGUACUCUGCCCUCAUGCUCGCCUCUACUCUGCCCUCAUGCUCGCCUCUACUCUGCCCUCAUGCUCGCCUGUACUCUGCCCUCAUGCUCGCCUCUACUCUGCCCUCAUGCUCGCCUCUACUCUGCCCUCAUGCUCGCUUGUAUUAUUUUCUCAUGCUCGCCUCUACUCUGCCCUCAUGCUCGCCUCUACUCUGCCCUCAUGCUCGCCUCUACUCUGCCCUCAUGCUCGCCUCUACUCUGCCCUCAUGCUCGCCUCUACUCUGCCCUCAUGCUCGCCUGUACUCUACCCUCAUGCUCGCCUGUACUCUGCCCUCAUGCUCGCCUGUACUCUGCCCGCAUGCUCGCCUCUACUCUGCCCUCAUGCUCGCCUCUACUCUGCCCUCAUGCUCGCCUCUACUCUGCGGCGCUCGCCUGUACUCUGCCCUCAUGCUCGCCUCUACUCUGCCCUCAUGCUCGCCUCUACUCUGCCCUCAUGCUCGCCUCAUGCUCGCCUCUACUCUGCCCUCAUGCUCGCGUGUACUCUGCCCUCAUGCUCGCCUCUACUCUGCCCUCAUGCUCGCCUGUACUCUACCCUCAUGCUCGCCUCUACUCUGCCCUCAUGCUCGCCUCUACUCUGCCCUCAUGCUCGCCUGUACUCUGCCCUCAUGCUCGCCUCUACUCUGCCCUCAUGCUCGCCUCUACUCUGCCCUCAUGCUCGCCUGUACUCUGCCCUCAUGCUCGCCUCUACUCUGCCCUCAUGCUCGCCUCUACUCUGCCCUCAUGCUCGCUUGUAUUAUUUUCUCAUGCUCGCCUCUACUCUGCCUUCAUGCUCGCCUCUCCUCUGCCCUCAUGCUCGCCUCUGCUCUGCCCUCAUGCUCGCCUGUACUCUGCCCUCAUGCUCGCCUCUACUCUGCCCUCAUGCUCGCCUCUACUCUGCCCUCAUGCUCGCCUCUACUCUGCCCUCAUGCUCGCCUCUACUCUGCCCUCAUGCUCGCCUCUACUCUGCCCUCAUGCUCGCCUGUACUCUGCCCUCAUGCUCGCCUGUACUCUGCCCUCAUCCUCGCCUCUACUCUGCCCUCAUGCUCGCCUGUACUCUGCCCUCAUGCUCGCCUCUACUCUGCCCUCAUGCUCGCCUCUACUCUGCCCUCAUGCUCGCCUGUACUCUGCCCUCAUGCUCGCCUCUACUCUGCCCUCAUGCUCGCCUCUACUCUGCCCUCAUGCUCGCUUGUAUUAUUUUCUCAUGCUCGCCUCUACUCUGCCCUCAUGCUCGCCUCUACUCUGCCCUCAUGCUCGCCUCUACUCUGCCCUCAUGCUCGCCUCUACUCUGCCCUCAUGCUCGCCUCUACUCUGCCCUCAUGCUCGCCUGUACUCUACCCUCAUGCUCGCCUGUACUCUGCCCUCAUGCUCGCCUGUACUCUGCCCUCAUGCUCGCCUGUACUCUGCCCUCAUGCUCGCCUCUACUCUGCCCUCAUGCUCGCCUCUACUCUGCCCUCAUGCUCGCCUCUACUCUGCCCUCAUGCUCGCCUCUACUCUGCCCUCAUGCUCGCCUCUACUCUGCCCUCAUGCUCGCCUCUACUCUGCCCUCAUGCUCGCCUCUACUCUGCCCUCAUGCUCGCCUCUACUCUGCCCUCAUGCUCGCCUCUACUCUGCCCUCAUGCUCGCUUCUACUCUGCCCUCAUGCUCGCCUCUACUCUGCCCUCAUGCUCGCCUCUACUCUGCCCCCAUGCUCGCCUCUACUCUGCCCUCAUGCUCGCCUCUACUCUGCCCUCAUGCUCGCCUCUACUCUGCCCCCAUGCUCGCCUCUACUCUGCCCUCAUGCUCGCCUGUACUCUGCCCUCAUGCUCGCCUCUACUCUGCCCUCAUGCUCGCCUCUACUCUGCCCUCAUGCUCGCCUGUACUCUGCCCUCAUGCUCGCCUCUACUCUGCCCUCAUGCUCGCCUCUACUCUGCCCUCAUGCUCGCCUCUACUCUGCCCUCAUGCUCGCCUCUACUCUGCCCUCAUGCUCGCCUCUACUCUGCCUUCAUGCUCGCCUGUAUUAUUUUCUCAUGCUCGCCUCUACUCUGCCCUCAUGCUCGCCUCUACUCUGCCCUCAUGCUCGCCUCUACUCUGCCCUCAUGCUCGCCUCUACUCUGCCCUCAUGCUCGCCUCUACUCUGCCCUCAUGCUCGCCUCUACUCUGCCCUCAUGCUCGCCUCUACUCUGCCCUCAUGCUCGCCUCUACUCUGCCCUCAUGCUCGCCUCUACUCUGCCCUCAUGCUCGCCUCUACUCUGCCCUCAUGCUCGCCUCUACUCUGCCCUCAUGCUCGCCUCUACUCUGCCCUCAUGCUCGCCUCUACUCUGCCCUCAUGCUCGCCUCUACUCUGCCCUCAUGCUCGCCUCUACUCUGCCCUCAUGCUCGCCUCUACUCUGCCCUCAUGCUCGCUUCUACUCUGCCCUCAUGCUCGCCUCUACUCUGCCCUCAUGCUCGCCUCUACUCUGCCCCCAUGCUGGCCUCUACUCUGCCCCCAUGCUCGCCUAUACUCUGCCCUCAUGCUCGCUUCUACUCUGCCCCCAUGCUCGCCUCUACUCUGCCCUCAUGCUCGCCUGUACUCUGCCCUCAUGCUCGCCUCUACUCUGCCCUCAUGCUCGCCUCUACUCUGCCCUCAUGCUCGCCUGUACUCUGCCCUCAUGCUCGCCUCUACUCUGCCCUCAUGCUCGCCUCUACUCUGCCCUCAUGCUCGCCUCUACUCUGCCCUCAUGCUCGCCUCUACUCUGCCCUCAUGCUCGCCUCUACUCUGCCUUCAUGCUCGCCUGUAUUAUUUUCUCAUGCUCGCCUCUACUCUGCCCUCAUGCUCGCCUCUACUCUGCCCUCAUGCUCGCCUCUACUCUGCCCUCAUGCUCGCCUCUACUCUGCCCUCAUGCUCGCCUCUACUCUGCCCUCAUGCUCGCCUCUACUCUGCCUUCAUGCUCGCCUGUAUUAUUUUCUCAUGCUCGCCUCUACUCUGCCCUCAUGCUCGCCUGUACUCUGCCCUCAUGCUCGCCUCUACUCUGCCCUCAUGCUCGCCUCUACUCUGCCCUCAUGCUCGCCUCUACUCUGCCCUUAUGCUCGCCUCUACUCUGCCCUCAUGCUCGCCUCUACUCUGCCCUCAUGCUCGCCUCUACUCUGCCCUCAUGCUCGCCUGUACUCUGCCCUCAUGCUCGCCUCUACUCUGCCCUCAUGCUCGCCUCUACUCUGCCCUCAUGCUCGCCUCUACUCUGCCCUCAUGCUCGCCUCUACUCUGCCCUCAUGCUCGCCUCUACUCUGCCCUCAUGCUCGCCUCUACUCUGCCCUCAUGCUCGCCUCUACUCUGCCCUCAUGCUCGCCUCUACUCUGCCAUCGUGCUCGCCUCUACUCUGCCCUCAUGCUCGCCUGUACUCUGCCCUCAUGCUCGCCUCUACUCUGCCCUCAUGCUCGCCUCUACUCUGCCCUCAUGCUCGCCUGUACUCUGCCCUCAUGCUCGCCUCUACUCUGCCCUCAUGCUCGUCUCUACUCUGCCCUCAUGCUCGCCUCUACUCUGCCCUCAUGCUCGCCUCUACUCUGCCCUCAUGCUCGUCUCUACUCUGCCCUCAUGCUCGCCUCUACUCUGCCCCCAUGCUCGCCUCUACUCUGCCCUCAUGCUCGCUUCUACUCUGCCCUCAUGCUCGCCUCUUCUCUGCCCUCAUGCUCGCCUGUACUCUGCCCUCAUGCUCGCCUCUACUCUGCCCUCAUGCUCGCCUCUAUUCUGCCCUCAUGCUCGCCUCUACUCUGCCCUCAUGCUCGCCUCUACUCUGCCCCCAUGCUCGCCUCUACUCUGCCCUCAUGCUCGCUUCUACUCUGCCCUCAUGCUCGCCUCUUCUCUGCCCUCAUGCUCGCCUGUACUCUGCCCUCAUGCUCGCCUCUACUCUGCCCUCAUGCUCGCCUCUAUUCUGCCCUCAUGCUCGCCUGUACUCUGCCCUCAUGCUCGCCUCUACUCUGCCCUCAUGCUCGUCUCUACUCUGCCCUCAUGCUCGCCUCUACUCUGCCCUCAUGCUCGCCUCUACUCUGCCCUCAUGCUCGCCUCUACUCUGCCCUCAUGCUCGCCUCUACUCUGCCCUCAUGCUCGCCUCUACUCUGCCCUCAUGCUCGCCUCUACUCUGCCCUCAUGCUCGCCUCUACUCUGCCCUCAUGCUCGCCUCUAUUCUGCCCUCAUGCUCGCCUGUACUCUGCCCUCAUGCUCGCCUCUACUCUGCCCUCAUGCUCGCCUCUAUUAUUUUCUCAUGCUCGCCUCUACUCUGCCCUCAUGCUCGCCUCUACUCUGCCCUCAUGCUCGCCUCUACUCUGCCCUCAUGCUCGCCUCUACUCUGCCUUCAUGCUCGCCUGUAUUAUUUUCUCAUGCUCGCCUCUACUCUGCCCUCAUGCUCGCCUCUACUCUGCCCUCAUGCUCGCCUCUACUCUGCCCUCAUGCUCGCCUCUACUCUGCCUUCAUGCUCGCCUGUAUUAUUUUCUCAUGCUCGCCUCUACUCUGCCCUCAUGCUCGCCUGUACUCUGCCCUCAUGCUCGCCUCUACUCUGCCCUCAUGCUCGCCUCUACUCUGCCCUCAUGCUCGCCUCUACUCUGCCCUUAUGCUCGCCUCUACUCUGCCCUCAUGCUCGCCUCUACUCUGCCCUCAUGCUCGCCUCUACUCUGCCCUCAUGCUCGCCUCUACUCUGCCCUCAUGCUCGCCUCUACUCUGCCCUCAUGCUCGCCUCUACUCUGCCCUCAUGCUCGCCUCUACUCUGCCCUCAUGCUCGCCUCUACUCUGCCCUCAUGCUCGCCUCUACUCUGCCCUCAUGCUCGCCUCUACUCUGCCCUCAUGCUCGCCUCUACUCUGCCCUCAUGCUCGCCUCUACUCUGCCCUCAUGCUCGCCUCUACUCUGCCAUCGUGCUCGCCUCUACUCUGCCCUCAUGCUCGCCUGUACUCUGCCCUCAUGCUCGCCUCUACUCUGCCCUCAUGCUCGCCUCUACUCUGCCCUCAUGCUCGCCUGUACUCUGCCCUCAUGCUCGCCUCUACUCUGCCCUCAUGCUCGUCUCUACUCUGCCCUCAUGCUCGCCUCUACUCUGCCCUCAUGCUCGCCUCUACUCUGCCCUCAUGCUCGUCUCUACUCUGCCCUCAUGCUCGCCUCUACUCUGCCCCCAUGCUCGCCUCUACUCUGCCCUCAUGCUCGCUUCUACUCUGCCCUCAUGCUCGCCUCUUCUCUGCCCUCAUGCUCGCCUGUACUCUGCCCUCAUGCUCGCCUCUACUCUGCCCUCAUGCUCGCCUCUAUUCUGCCCUCAUGCUCGCCUGUACUCUGCCCUCAUGCUCGCCUCUACUCUGCCCUCAUGCUCGUCUCUACUCUGCCCUCAUGCUCGCCUCUACUCUGCCCUCAUGCUUGCCUCUACUCUGCCCUCAUGCUCGCCUCUACUCUGCCCUCAUGCUCGCCUCUACUCUGCCCUCAUGCUCGCCUCUACUCUGCCCUCAUGCUCGCCUCUACUCUGCCCUCAUGCUCGCCUCUACUCUGCCCUCAUGCUCGCCUCUAUUCUGCCCUCAUGCUCGCCUGUACUCUGCCCUCAUGCUCGCCUCUACUCUGCCCUCAUGCUCGCCUCUAUUAUUUUCUCAUGCUCGCCUCUACUCUGCCCUCAUGCUCGCCUCUACUCUGCCCUCAUGCUCGCCUCUACUCUGCCCUCAUGCUCGCCUCUACUCUGCCUUCAUGCUCGCCUGUAUUAUUUUCUCAUGCUCGCCUCUACUCUGCCCUCAUGCUCGCCUCUACUCUGCCCUCAUGCUCGCCUCUACUCUGCCCUCAUGCUCGCCUCUACUCUGCCCUCAUGCUCGCCUCUACUCUGCCCUCAUGCUCGCCUCUACUCUGCCCUCAUGCUCGCCUCUACUCUGCCCUCAUGCUCGCCUCUACUUUGCCCUCAUGCUCGCCUCUACUCUGCCCUCAUGCUCACCUCUACUCUGCCCUCAUGCUCGCCUCUACUCUGCCCUCAUGCUCGCUUCUACUCUGCCCUCAUGCUCGCCUCUACUCUGCCCUCAUGCUUGCCUCUACUCUGCCAUCUCUGGAAUUUUUCUGUGCGCAGAGAAGUGGGAGGGGCUGGAUGUGUGCGAGCAAUUCUCGCUGCAGCAGAUGCUAAGGGCCACCAACAACUGGUCGGAGGACAAUGUGCUGGGCAAGGGUGGAUUUGGCAUUGUAUACAAAGGCCGCUCUCCACAGGGCCAGCUGUGGGCCAUCAAGCGAUCCACCAUCAUGACCAACGACUUCGAAACGGAGGUGCGAGCCAUGGCCUCUCUCCACCACACACACCUCGUGCGCCUGCUGGGCUUUUGCCUGGACCAGAACGUGGAGACAGGCAAGCAGGAGCAGAUCCUCGUGUACGAUUUCAUAGGCAACAGGGACAUGGAUUACCAUAUCCACAGGACCAAGCGUUAUGCUAAAUACAUGUACCCUGCUAUGAAGCUGGUGGAGACAUAUGAGCUAGAAGAGCUGAGGGACAGCAAGAUGCCGGCGGCAAGUGAAGAGGCUAUAGUGGAACUUGCAGACCUGGCUCUGGACUGCAUCAAGUCUCCCGGCACACGGCGACCCACUAUGAAGGAUGUGGCAUACCGCCUCAGUGCCCUCAUUGCCAAGCACUGCCCCGACAAGGAGGACAAGUGGGAGAGUGUCACAAAAGAAGAGAGUGAAGGCAACGAGGGUAGUUCAUCUAGGGAUGCUUCUGCUGUGUCAUUUGGAGACAGUGGGAGGGAGGCUGAGAGGCCGCAUGGUUCACAGUCAGGCGUGAGUUCAUUUGUGCGCGUUGGCUCUAUAAGUGAUGGCCUCAAGAGCUGGCUGCACUCGAAGCCAACCAAAGGGCGUUAA